GCAAUCUGUGGUGAUGCUAAUUGACAAGUAAGAGAGAGAAGAAGAGAUGCACAAUAAUGAAAUGAAAUAAGCUUUGUGUGGGUUUUCACAACAACACAGACACAGAACGCAACUACUACUAAUUACUAUAAAUCUCCCUUAAAUUUAUUUUUUAAUUUUUGUUGCAUUUGGAUCGUUUUUGAGGUGAUCAAAUGGCGACACUUUUCCAGGGAGUGGGAGCUGUGACCCCUUUCUCUGCCUCCAGUUCCUUAGACUCCAACAAGCUCCUCCUUCCUUCUCGCAAAUCCCUCUCAAUAUCAGAUAGCAGAGGUAGCAUAUUUGUUUACAGAUCUGAUGCCUUGAACUUGAAGGCAGCAACUCGUAAGCAAGAUUUGUUAAUUCCUAAUGCAGUUGCCACCAAAGGAGAGACUUCCACAUCAGCAAAAUCUGGGCACGAACUUCUCCUUUUCGAAGCCCUCCGUGAAGGUUUGGAAGAAGAGAUGGAGAGGGAUCCUCGCGUAUGUGUCAUGGGCGAAGAUGUUGGUCAUUAUGGAGGAUCUUACAAGGUGACUAAAGGCCUUGCUGAAAAGUAUGGGGACCUGAGAGUUUUGGACACCCCUAUUGCUGAGAACUCCUUCACUGGCAUGGGCAUUGGAGCUGCAAUGACGGGUCUGAGGCCAAUUGUUGAGGGUAUGAACAUGGGAUUUUUGCUCCUGGCAUUUAACCAGAUCUCUAAUAAUUGCGGCAUGCUUCAUUACACAUCUGGAGGUCAGUUUACAAUACCAAUUGUCAUUCGUGGGCCUGGUGGAGUAGGGCGGCAACUUGGAGCAGAGCACUCGCAGCGACUGGAAUCAUAUUUUCAGUCAAUCCCUGGGAUCCAAAUGGUUGCUUGCUCAACCCCUUACAAUGCUAAGGGCUUGAUGAAAGCUGCUAUCCGAAGCGAGAACCCUGUGAUACUUUUCGAGCAUGUAUUGCUUUAUAACCUCAAGGAGAGAAUUCCAGAUGAAGAGUAUGUAUUAUCACUCGAAGAAGCCGAGAUGGUUAGGCCCGGGGAGCAUGUCACAAUAUUAACCUACUCCAGAAUGAGGUAUCAUGUGAUGCAAGCUGCCAAGACAUUAGUGAACAAGGGGUAUGACCCUGAAGUAAUCGAUAUCAGGUCCUUAAAACCAUUUGAUCUUUACACUAUUGGAUGUUCAGUGAAGAAGACACAUCGUGUGUUGAUUGUGGAAGAGUGCAUGCGAACAGGCGGCAUCGGCGCCAGCUUGACAGCUGCCAUUACCGAGAAUUUCCAUGACUACUUGGAUGCUCCUAUAGUAUGCCUAUCCUCUCAGGAUGUGCCAACUCCAUAUGCUGGAACAUUGGAGGAAUGGACAGUGGUUCAACCUGCUCAGAUUGUCUCAGCAGUUGAGCAGCUAUGCCAGUGAUACCUUCAUAAAUACAUUACCUUCCAAUUAGAAAUGCUUUUGGUACAGCUAUUCUGCUUGUUAAAUGUUAAAUGUUAAAUGUUAAUUCGGCUACAAAGUGUUUACCCCAAGAAUAUUUGCAACUGUUGAGUCAGUCCCAGCCCAGUAUUCUCAAUCAGUUAAUCUGCAUCGUUGCAUUUUUUUUGGGUAGCAUUUUUGUCGA